AUGAAAGGACUAUCUCACCUUCUGCCAUUAGCAGCUUUUGUCGUCUCGCAGGAGCAGCAGAUUCCUCUCUACCCCGCUGAGCAGAAAGCACAGCCACUGACACUGGAUGCUAUACCACUGCUGGGCUUCGGUACUUGGAAUCUCAAGCAGCCAAACACCAGCGAAGCAGUAUCUUGGGCGAUCCAAGUCGGCUAUCGCCACAUCGACUGCGCAGCCGCGUAUGGAAACGAGGAAGAAGUUGGUAAAGGCCUGGCCGAUGGCUUGAAGAAGACCGGUCUAAAGCGUGAAGACCUCUGGAUCACCUCCAAGCUAUGGAACGACCAUCAUGCCCCAGAAGCCGUGCAAGAAGGCCUCGAUCUUUCCCUUCAAAAACUAGGCCUCGAUUAUCUCGAUCUCUACCACAUGCACUGGCCCGUAGCAUCCGGAGCUGGCGGCAAAAACCAAAUCUAUUAUCUCAAAACCUGGGAGUCCAUGGUCAAGCAGUUCGAAGCCGGCAAAACACGCCACAUAGGAGUCAGCAAUUUCAGUCCCAAGCAACUGACAGACUUGUUGAACAACACUUCCACGCCACCACACGUGCAUCAAUUCGAGACUCAUCCUUAUCUCCAACAAAAAGAGUGGGUCGAAUGGCAUGCGAACCACAACAUCCACGUUACGGCCUACUCGCCUCUCGCAGGAACAAAUCCAACAUACAAAGAAGGCGAUAAGCCAGAACCGCUUUUGAGAAGCCCUGUUCUGCACAAGAUCGCGAAGAAGCGCGGUUGCACGCCUGCGCAAGUUGCUUUGCAAUGGGGAAUGUCGCGAGGAACUUCGGUGAUCCCAAAAAGUAUACACAAGGAAUACAUCGAAGGUAACUUCCAUGCAUCAGGAUGUGUGCUGAAGAAGAAGGAUUUCAAGAAGUUGAGCAAAUUGGGCGAGUACUUUCAUCGCUACAACAAUCCAUCGGAGAGCUGGCAGGUUCCACUCUACGAAGGACUCGAAGACUCAGAUGGAAAACACAAGCCCGCGACAUGGUUCAAGCACCACUGA